AUGGGACAAAGACGAGGAAUAUACGCCUGGUUGGUGGCCUUCCGUUUUUCUGUGAUGCUGAGCUGCGUGAUGCGGGUUUCAGCUCAGAUCAAAUAUUCUGUUCCAGAGGAAGUGAAGGUGGGAUCUAUUGUUGGAAACGUCGCAAAGGAUUUAGGGCUCGACAUCACUUCAUUGGACGAAAGACGCUUUCGUAUCGUCUCCGGAACCGAAGAUUCUCAGUUUGAAGUCCAUCAAGACAAUGGCGUGUUGUAUGUGCGUAAAAGCAUCGACCGAGAGGAGCUCUGUGAAAGCGCUUCGCCGUGUGUAAUAAACCUGAAAAUGGUCGCUGAGAAUCCGAUGGAAAUACAUUAUGUGGCAGUGGAAAUCGUUGAUGUCAACGAUCAUUCACCAAGUUUUCAGGAGGAAGAAAAAAUAUUAGAAAUGUUUGAGUCUACUGUUUCCGGUAAACGCUUCCAGUUACCAACCGCUCGUGAUCCCGAUGUUGGCAUCAAUACAGUACGUGUUUAUAAAUUAAACCAUAACGAAUAUUUUAGCAUAAGAGAGAGGGGAGAGGACAAGACACCAUUUCUAGCUUUACAAAAGUCUCUAGAUCGGGAAAAGCACAAUGAGCACAAACUGGUACUGACAGCGGUUGAUGGUGGAAAUCCUCCGAGAUCAGGGACUCUUAAUGUCACCGUCAUAGUCUUAGAUUCAAAUGAUAAUCAUCCUAUAUUUAGCCAAGAAUUGUAUUCAGUAACAGUACCUGAAAAUGUCAAAGCUGAAACAAGUGUAAUUACAGUAACUGCAACCGAUCUGGAUGAAGGUGCAAAUGGAUAUAUUGAAUAUUCGUUCGGCGGCGAACAGGACCCGAAAAUAAAUGAUAUGUUUAUGUUAGAUAAAGACACUGGUGAAAUUCGAGUAAAGGGAGAAAUUGAUUUUGAGAAGAAUGAGGUUUUUAAGUUAGACGUCCAUGCAACUGACAAAGGACAACCUCCAAUGAGCACUGAUAGCAGAGUGAUAAUCAAAGUUCUGGACGAAAAUGACAACAAACCUGAGAUAGAGGUGACGUCGCUGUCACAGAUGGUGUCUGAAGACUCGAAACCCGGGACGGUGGUUUCUCUCAUUAGUAUUACUGACAGAGACGCUGGGUUAAACGGUAAGGUCAUAUGUAGUCUCUCAGAUAAUGUGCCAUUCGAAUUAAAACCGUCAUUUCAAGAUAACAUGUACUCGUUAGUUUUGAAAAAUCGUUUGGAUCGAGAAUUAGUGUCACAUUAUGACAUUGAACUCACAGCGACAGACUGUGGGCAGCCUCCCCUGUCUACAUUCAAAACUCUGAGUAUUGACGUAUCAGACGUGAAUGAUAACAACCCUAAGUUUCUGCAGAAUCCAAUCGAACUUUACCUGGUGGAAAAUAACGUGCCAGGGAAUAUUAUAUUUUCCGUGACAGCUUCAGAUAAAGACUUGAAUGAAAACGCGGCUUUAAUUUAUAAUAUUGUAAGAGGGGAAGGAAGUCAAAUUAAAAAUGCAGCAUUUUUAAGUAUUAACUCAGAUAAUGGACAAAUAUCAGCGCUGAAAAGUUUCGACUUUGAAACCGUGAAAACGUUCAAGUUCCACGUUGUAGCGUCAGAUUCUGGAACUCCGUCACUGAGCAGCAACGUCACAGUGAACGUGUUCAUUUUGGAUCAGAACGACAACACUCCAGUCAUCCUGUAUCCGGUCAGCUCCAACGGUUCUGCUGAAGGUGUGGAGGAGAUUCCCCGCAAUGUGAACGCAGGACACUUGGUGACUAAAGUCAGAGCCUAUGAUGCUGAUAUAGGAUAUAACGGCUGGUUACUGUUUUCACUGCAGGAAGUUACUGACCACAGUCUCUUUGGGUUGGACCGCUAUACAGGACAGAUCAGAACACUUCGCUCAUUCACAGAGACAGACGAGGCUGAGCACAAGCUGCUCAUACUGGUCAAAGACAAUGGGAACGUGUCACUCUCAGCAACAGCUACUGUCAUCGUCAAAGUUGUGGAGCCCAAAGAAGCUUUUGCAGCUUCUGAUGUGAAAAGUUCAACAAAAGCAGAUGAGGACAGUAAUGUGACUUUUUACCUGAUGAUAACUGUGGGCUCAGUUUCAGCUCUUUUUCUCAUCAGUAUCAUCGUGCUGAUCUCAAUGCAGUGCUCAAAGUCCACAGACUACACUUCUAAAUAUCUACCAGAGCCUAACUAUGAUGGGACACUGUGUCACAGCAUCCAGUACAGAUCUGGAGACAAACGCUACAUGUUAGUUGGACCCAGGAUGAGUAUAGGAUCUACUAUAGUCCCAGGAAGCCAUGCCAACACACUAAUGCUGCCUGACAGGAGAGGGACAUCUGGAGAGGUAAGAAAUGUUUUGAUUUUGAAUUAUUGUAUAGUAUAUUAA